AUGGGUGAGAACACUGGCAACAAUAACUACCUUCCUCAAAACCAAGUUUUUGAUCUUUCCCUUGACGUGCAUACUCAAGGCGGCUCCAAUUCCUUGGAUGACGAUGGCCGCCUCAACCGAACUGGGACUGUUUGGACUGCAAGUGCUCACAUAAUAACAGCUGGGUCGGGAAUUCUGUCCCUGGCUUGGGCCAUAGCUCAGCUGGGAUGGAUAGCGGGGCCAACUGUCAUGAUCGUGUUCUCUUUUGUCACUCACUACACUUCUACUCUUCAGCUGGCUGCUAGUUACCGUUCAGGGGAUCCUGUUAAUGGCAAGAGAGUCUAUACUUUCAUGAGUGCUGUUCGAUCCAAACUUGGUGGAGUUAAAUUUAUGAUAUGUGGGCUUGGUCAAUACCUGAAUCUUUUUGGUGUUGCCAUUGGCUACACAAUUGGUUCAUCUAUGAGCAUGAUGGCUAUCGACAGGCCUAGGUCAAACUGUUUCCACAUAGGCGGUGGCAAGAAUCCAUGCCGCGUGAAUAGCAAUCGAUAUAUGAUUGGUUUUGGCGUGGUACAAAUUAUUUUCUCUCAAAUUCCCCACUUUGAUCAGUUAUUAUGGCUCUCCAUUGUUGCUGCAGUCAUGUCCUUCACCUACUCAACAAUUAGUCUCGGUCUUGGCAUUGCUAAAGUUGCAGAAACUGGAACUUUCAGGGGAAGUUUAACUGGUAUAAGCAUUGGAACUGUUACUGAAACCCAAAAGAUAUGGAGGAGCUUCCAAGCACUUGGAAGCAUAGCUUUUGCUUAUUCUUACUCCAUCAUCCUCACUGAAAUUCAGGGCACAAUCAAAUCCCCACCAUCAGAAGAAGAAACAAUGAAAAAGGCAUCACUAGUAAGUGUUGUAGUAACAACUCUAUUCUACAUGCUCUGUGCCUGCUCUGGUUAUGUCGCCUUUGGAGACUUAUCACCAGGAAAUCUCCUCACCGGUUUCGGUUUCUAUAACCCUUACUGGCUGCUUGACAUAGCCAAUGCAGCCAUUGUUAUCCACCUUGUUGGUGGAUACCAAGUGUACUGCCAGCCCCUCUUCGCAUUCAUUGAGAAACAAGCUGCUGCAAGAUUCCCAGACAGUUACUUCAUUACCAAAGAAAUUAAAAUCCCAAUUCCAGGAUCUAGACCCUUCAGUCUCAACCUCUUCCGUUUGGUUUGGAGGACAACUUUCGUGAUCGUAACCACUUUAAUUUCGAUGUUUCUUCCAUUCUUUAACGACUUAGUUGGUCUGCUUGGAGCUCUAGGAUUUUGGCCACUCACAGUCUACUUCCCUGUUGAGAUGUACAUAGCAGAUCAGAGGAUACGCAAGUGGAGCACGAAAUGGCUUUGCCUCCAAAUCCUAAGUUUUUCUUGCCUUGUUAUCACCAUAGCUGCCGCUGCGGGGUCUAUUGCAGGAAUUAUUCUUGUCCUUAUGUCUGAUUACUAG